AUGCACCGCCUCGCCCCUUCCUCUGCGAUCACUCUCGUCUGCUCGCUGCUGCUCGCCGCGGCGCUCCUACCCGGCCACAGCGUUGCGCAGGACCCGGCCGGUCGCCACGCGGUGCGCGCAGCACGGUUGCUCGACAUCGAGUCUGGCCGCCUGCUGAACGAUCAAGUGGUGGUGAUCGAAGGCGAGCACAUCGUCGCCAUUGGCGGCCCGGAGUUGGCCAGCGGGCUCGAGGUGGUCGAUCUCGGCGACCGCACCCUACUGCCCGGUCUGAUGGACAUGCACACCCAUCUGACCUUCGACUUGAGCGGCCAGUGGCUACACCGGGGGGUCACCACGACCACCGCCGAAUCGGCCCUACGCGGUGCUCGCAACGCUCGGCUGACUCUGGCGGCGGGCUUCACCACGGUGCGCAACGUAGGCUCGAGUGGCUUUGCCGACGUUGCCCUGCGCAAGGCCAUCGAGGAAGGCUUCGUCGACGGUCCGCGGAUCGUCGCUGCCGGCCACAGCCUCGGCAUCACCGGCGGGCAUUGCGAUACCACCGGCUACGCGCCGGGCUUCGCCGAGUCAGGACCGGAGCAAGGCAUCGCCGAUGGCCCUGACGAGGUCACCAAAGCGGUGCGCUAUCAAGUCAAGCACGGCGCCCAGGUCAUCAAGAUCUGCGCCACCGCCGGCGUGCUGUCCUUCGAAGGGCCGGUGGGCGCGCAGCAGUUCAGCGACCGAGAGAUGCGCGCCGCGGUCGAGGAAGCCGCCCGUCACGGACUCCGAGUAGCCGCCCACGCGCACGGUGCCGAGGGCAUCUUGGCGGCGGUGCGCGCCGGGGUGUCUUCGAUCGAGCACGGCUCGAUGCUGACCGACGAAAUCAUUGGCGAGAUGAAAGACCGCGGUACCUAUUUGGUGCCGACCACCUAUCUAGUCGAGGCCAUCGACCUCGACAACCUGCCGCCAAAAAUUCGCGCCAAGGCCGAGAGCAUCUUGCCAAAUGCCAAGGCGAGCCUGGAGAAAGCUAUCCGCGAAGGCGUCAAGAUCGCCUACGGCACCGACGCGGCGGUCUAUCCCCACGGUGAGAACGGUCGCGAGCUCGGCGUGCUGGUCGAGCGCGGCAUGACCCCGUUGGCCGCGCUGCGCUCUGCCACCGUCGCCGCCGCCGACCUGCUCGGUGUCGACGACCGCGGGGUCUUGGCGGCAGGCAAGCUGGCCGACCUGAUCGCCGUGCCAGGCAACCCGCUCGACGAUGUGCGGGUCGUCGAGCAGGUCGACUUCGUCAUGGUCGGCGGCCGGGUGGUGGUCGAUCGCCGCUGA